AUGGGUUCCGUCGUACUCCCACAUCUUAACACGGCGUGGCACGUCGACCAAGCAAUCCUGUCCGAGGACGAGCGCCUGGUCGUGAUCCGGUUCGGGCGCGACGGCGACCCGGACUGCAUGAAGAUGGACGAGGUGCUGUUCAAGAUUGCUGACAAGGUCAAGAACUUUGCCGUCGUUUACGUCUGCGACAUUGAUCAGGUGCCCGACUUCAACCAGAUGUACGAACUCUACGAUCCCAUGACCGUCAUGUUCUUCUUCCGCAAUAAGCACAUAAUGUGCGAUUUCGGCACGGGUAACAACAACAAGCUUACCUUGGUGCUCGAGGAGAAGCAGGAACUCAUCGACAUCAUUGAAACUAUCUACCGUGGCGCAAAGAAGGGGCGUGGUCUUGUCGUCAGCCCAAAGGAUUACUCCACAAGAUACCGCUACUGA